CAAAACUUAGGGGUGGGUUUGUUUUUCUUUCCGCACUUCCUAUGUAUUCUGAUCUCCUCGCAGCUCAUCUUUGGAUCUGGUACUCGAAUUAAUUGCAGCUUAUAAUAUAAAUGGCAUGUAAUUUGACGUUGACUAUUUAAAAGUAGGGACAAGCACAAUCUGAGGGAAGAUAUCGAGGUCUGAAGUCAAACUACACUCUCUACAGAGCUAUAAAAAUGAGAUUUCGAUUCUGUGGAGGGUUGGAUUGCCCGGACUGGGUCCUGGCCGAAAUCAGCAUCUUGUCCAAAAUUACAUCUGUGAAGAUGAAAUUACUCUGUGUUCAAGUCAUCAAAGAUCUUCUCGGAGACAGUAUUGACUAUGAAAAAGUAUACAAGCUUACAGCUGAUGCAAAGUAUGAAACUGGUGACGUUAAAGCCAGUAUUGCAGCGCUGAAUUUCAUCUUAUCAAGUGCAGCUAAAUACAAUGUAGACGGAGAGUCUCUAUCCAAUGAGUUACAGCAGUUGGGUUUACCAAAAGAACAUUCCUCAGCUCUGUGUCGGUCCUACCAGGAUAAGCUGGAAGCUUUGCAGAAGAAAUUUAAAGAGCAGAGCUUUAGAGUUUCAAAGCUAGAGGCGGUUGACUGGCGAGUGGAUUAUAUUCUUGGUUCCAGUGAGCUGAAAGACGUCAAUGAGCCCAGCGUUCAGCUCAGACUACACAUCAAAAACCCUGACAACGACUCGGUAGAACCGGUCAGCUUUAACAUCUCGGCAGAUAAAUUUAGAAUUUUACUCAGUGAAUUGAAGCAGACACAACAGCUUAUGGACGGCGUUGCGUAACACAGCUACUACCCAAGAAGAAAUACUUUAUAUUUUAUACUCCCAAGUGGGAUUCAAACCCGUCACUGGUUGACACUCUAAAGCAGAUGUUAUAACAGCUACAGCUGAGCUGGCCAAGAUGACAAGAGUCAGUUCAAAGUGCUAAGUGUUCAUGCUGUACACACCAGGCAAGUCUUCCACCAGUUAGAACAUUUUUGGGGGACACCCCUUACGCAUGAAGGUUACCAACUUGUGCACUUAAAGGCAGUGGACACUGUUGGUAAUUACUCAAAAUAAUUAUUAGCAUAAAACCUUUCUUGGUGACUAGU